AUGGUAAUUUCAAAUGGCCGCUGGGUCUUUCCCUUCUUUCUCCUCCCCCGUCCCACGUGGUACAUUAACUACGCUUGUAGUUUGCAGAACCUAUUUGCUGUGGAGGAUGAGUUUGAAGAUGAGGAUUUCUUAUCAGCCGUAGUGGACACUGAAAACAAAUUCUCCAGUUCCCUUUCUGUAAAUCCAGGAUGCCUGAAACCUGUGUGUUCCAAGCCCAAAAUUGCCAAGCAGGCAUUGACAUCUGGGCAACUCACUUCCUGCUCUACUGUUCCUCCAAGGACUUUGAGCCUGUCAGCCCAGGGUCUCAGACUCCCUAACCCUAGUGUGUCCAGAGCAGGAAGGGAUUCUCCUUCUACGACACCAGACUUCCUAAAACUGUUUCCCUCUCCCAACUUGGUUGGGGAAGCUGCCAAUCUAGGCCAAGUGACCCCAGAAGGAGUAACCACAGAACUGGACAGUCAUCAAUCAUUUACUCCUCACAAACCAUUCUCUCUUGUGAACCAACACCCAGUAGCUGGUACUACUGUGACAAGUAAACAAGAUGAGUUUGAUAUGCUAUCAUGCAUGGACCAGAGGCAGGGGAACUCAAAUGAGGCUAUGAAAAGCCUUUUUUCCAAUCAGAAGGAGGGCCUCAUGGUAGUCAAAAGACCCCGAGUGUCUGAGCUAGGAGAAUCUUGUUACCAAGGAUCAGUAGUCACCAGGACAACUGAGCCCCUAUCCUCAGAUCCCACCACACACCAUAGGACUCCACAGCUCCUUAGGAGACCUGGUGCUUCUAGCAGCCUGACUUUCCCAUUAAGAACUUCUACUCAACCCACCUCCUGGCAAGCUAAUCCUAGGAGCAGUCAUCUCCAUGUGCCUCAGCCUCUCCAGGUUGUUAAAUGUUAUGCUCAGAACAUUUCUCAAAAUAAUUCCCUAAGCCCCCAAACAUUCCAAUCUCCAGGUUCCUGGAAAAAUGGAAAACCUAGAAUUCCGGGGCCAGCUGUUCCCAAUCCAAACUCUUCCAUUUCCCUAGGAACCAAUUCUGGCCAGAGACCUUUAGAGUCCCAAGGUUGGGCCUCUUCUGUUGAGUCUCUUGUCUCUACCCCAUCUACCCUCUGUUCUUCCCUGGCAGCCCCAGGGAUUCUUCAGACCCCUAUAGUCACAAACCACCUUGUACAGCUUGUCACUGCUACCAAUCGAACACCUGGGAUGCCUACUCAUAUUCCCACUCGGGCCAAAACACGACGAUUUCCUGGACCAGCUGGGAUAUUGCCUCACCAGCACUGUGGAAAAAAUCUGGAGGAAAUCAUGAUUUCAACACCUCAGACUCCAGCUCAUGGUGCAAUAGCUAAGUUCCGGACAGAGGAAGUACCUAGUUCCCAGCACUCAGAGGAGGAUUUUGAACAUGGCCCCUGGCUGACUAUGAAAGCUGAAUUGGGACUAGAUGACCAAGACCCUUCCUGCUUCCUUCAUACCUACAGCAUCGUCAUGGUGUUGCGGAAGGCUGCACUGAAGCAACUUCCCAGGAACAAAGUGCCCACCAUGGCUGUGAUGAUCAAAACCCUGAGUCGAAGUACAGUAGAUGCCAGUGUGGUCUUCAAAGAUCCCACAGGAGAGAUGCAAGGCACAGUUCACCGGCUGUUAUUGGAGGAGAGACAGAAUGAGCUGAAAACUGGCUCUGUCCUGGUGCUGAAACAGAUUGGAGUAUUCUCCCCCUCACUCCGAAAUCACUACCUCAAUGUGACACCCAACAACCUGGUCCAAAUUUAUAGUCCAGAUUCAGGGGAUGGGAGAGUCCCCAGGAGUUCUCAGCCCUUUGCCAAGAUUCCCAGACCUUUCCAUUCAGAGGAUCUCUCUCAGCCUCCCGCUCCUGAGAGCUCUUCUUCUAAGGCUUUUCAGUGUGGUGGGAAAGCAGAAGAGAAGCACCAAUCAACUAGAGUGGAGGUGCACCCCCCAGAAGAGCUUUCUGAAGCAGAUGAUCUGGAUGGACUUCUAGGUGAGCUGCCUGAGGACUUCUUCACUGAGGACAGUGACUGGUGA